AACGCAAACAAAGAAAAUAAUUCAAAAUCGUCACGUAAAUCCAAAUUGAAAAAAAUAGAUCAUUUACUUGAAAAUGUUCUCAAUCUCGUAAAAUCUCUGCCCUCUUUAAAAGGCAAAGAAUCGGCAACAAAAAAAAGAAAACUUGAACCACUUCAAUAUAAUCAUCGUAAUAACCCAAAAGCCACUGAAACUGUGGAAAUAAAUUUUCAAAAUAUCAUCAAAA